AUGGCUGCUUUGGGAGGGCUCGAGCAGUGGCAGAAGGACGGGUUCUUCCAGGCGGCCGAGAAGGUGCAGGAGUCGGCGGACUUUGCUUAUUAUUGGGCUAGGUUGUCGAUUGGGGUGCUGGUGAGGCUGAUGAAGCGGAGGCUGGAGAUGAAGCCGGCGUGGCCGCGGCGUUCGAUGCAGGCGAUGAUGCCGCACCAGGCGAACCAGGCAGCAUCGUGGCUUCCUGGGAUGACAGCGAAGCCUGACGAAGUUCCGCAUCGGUGCCGACUGUCGAUGUCGGAGUACGCGGAGGACGUCGACGCUGCUGCGGUGUCGACGGUCAGCGAUGCAGGCGCGCGUCGGAUGUGGGGGAAGCGUAGAGGUGAGCACUGGUGCCGCCGGUACAGGCGUUGCAUGCAUGGGACAUUGAGGUGGGGCUUCCUGGACUGUGCGGAACGGGAAGACCUGUUCAACAAAGACAACAUGACGCGAGGUGAUCACCCGCCGGCGCGGCCCCGGCGCAGUGCGCGUCCACGCUGGGCGGUCGGCGGACGUCGCGUGUCUUGUGUGCGGGCCGCGCCCACUAUCGCCGGUGGCCUCGCCUGGUGCAGGGCAGCUGCCGUCGGGGGCCUCUCCCAGCGCGAGGGCAGCACCCCGGGCAUCACCCGGUCAGGGGUCGUGGCCGCCCUCGUCCGACACAGGAGCAGUGCCAAGCGGUGGGGUGCCUGCUCCUGGUUCUGCACUGCUAGUGCUACAUGUGGACAUGGCCGCGACUGGCAUGUUCAUCGAGCUCUGCCUCUGCGCCGGCUGCUUGCGCCGAACGCAAUCUCCAAUCAUCUGUACCUCCGCUACGUGGUGGCCAACGCCGUCGUGUACCGCCGCUACGUGGGCGACCCAUGCCUCGGCUCCGGCUCGGGCCAAAGGAGAGCGUGGCCGGCGCUGGCGUUCAUCUGGGCCUUCUCCCUCAUCGCGCUCUCCUUCACCCCUGCUAUGGUAGUUCGCGCCGGGGGGGGGCGCCGCCAAGGCCGGGCUCCUGUCCGGGACCGCGGCAGCCGCUGUCGCCGCGGUCGAGGCACUGGUGCCGCAGGCGCGCGAGCCCGUGCUGUGGCCUGUGGGGCGUGCCGGAAUGCCCUGGGUGCCCGCCGCAUCCGUCCUCCUCAACGUCUUCCUGCUCGGCUCGCUCGACCGCCAGUCGUACGUCCGGUUCGGAUUCUUCUCGACCUUCGCCGUGCUGGUCUACGUGCUCUACAGGGUGCACGGCAGCUACGAUGCCGUGGAGGGCGGCGGCGACAAGCUGCAGGACCAAGGGUGCGUGGUGUAGCAGAGUCGUUGACGUAG